UACUACUUUUGGUCUAUUGGCAGCAGUGUCUGGAAGGUUACCCUCACAGACUGUGGCUGUAGAAGCAAGUCAAUCAUUUUGGCAAAAUAGUCAGCUUUCUAUAAACUCAAAAACCCUUUUUUACUUAUGAUAGUAUUUACAAAUAAGGUAUCCAGUCUUCAAUUGAAUUCUUUUCCGAAAUGGGUAAGGCGAAAAAACAACGUAAAGGAGCGAAGGACGACGAAAGCGAUUCUGAAGUGGAAGUAGAAACUCAAGAACUGAUCGUGCAAGCCAGUACAAAAAAGUCCAAGCUUCAAAAGGUGAAAAGUGGAUCUGAAAAUGAACAGAACCAGAAGUCGAAAACGACCAAGAACAAGAAAGUACUUGAUUCUGAAGAUGAUGAAGACGAUGUACCAGUAACGAAAGUACAAAGUGCUUUUGCUCUGCUUCAAAUGGAUGAUAGUGAAGAUGAAGUUCCUGCUGCUAACGAUGAAAGCGAGGAGGAAGAGCAGAAACCAGUAGCAAAAAAUAAAAAGAAUGGCAAUGCCAAACCUGAGCCACAGCAAGGAGGGAAGAAGGGUAAGAAAAACAGACGAAGAAAGGAUGAAGAUGAUGAUGAAUUGGAAAGAGCCCUUGCAGAAUUGGGAAUGGAAUAUGCAGGUGUGAAGAAAGAGGAACCUGUCGCUCAGGUAGAAAAAGAAUCAGAACCCGUAGGUAAGAAGGGCAAAAAGAAGACAAAAAGUGAGAGCCCAGACGAGAAUGGAGAAGAUCAAGCUGAGGAGGAACCUGCCGAAGGUGGAACUGUGAAAACAGCAGCCCAAAAGAAAAAGGAAAAGAAGGAGAGAGAAAAGCAGAAAAAAAUGGCAGCUAAAACGAAGAAAGAAGGCUCAGUUGAAGAUUUAAAACCGGAAGGCCAAGUAGCAGAAGUAUCAGAGCCAAAACCGGUUGAGGCAACAGCCGUGCCCGCUAACGACGAAUCUGCGGAAAAGGAUGUUAACAAAAAAAAGAAAAAGAAGGGCAAAGACAAGCCUGUUGAAGAUAAUGUUACCGAAGAAGGACAAGGGAAUGAGGGAGAGGAAGUUGUCGAGCCUACUGCUGAAAAAGCGGGUAAAAAGAAGAAAGGAGCUAAGGAUGAAAAAGAUGCCAAAACAAAAAAAGGCCCUCCAAAGAAAACUUUGGUAGCCAUGCAAGAAGCCCUUAAGAAACUGAAAGAAGAUCAGGAGAGACAAAGACAGGAGGAAGAAGAAAGGAUAAAGCGGGAAGAAGAAGCUGAAAAUGCUAGGCUCGAAAUGCUAAGGUUGGAACAAGAGAGAAAAGAAAGGAAGAAGCAAAAAGAAAAAGAGAAAAAGGAAAGGCUGAAAGCAGAAGGAAAGCUUCUCACUGCAAAACAAAAGGCUGAUCGCGCUAGGGCUCAAGCUCUAAUUGAUUCUUUAAAGGCACAAGGUGUUGCUUUGCCCGAUGUUGGGGAAAAGAAGCCAGUCAGACUUGGAACUCGAAUUAAACCGAACAAGCAAAAGAAGGAUCCAGCCGCUCAAGAGAUUAAGACAGAAGAAAAGCCCGCUGAAGAAAAAGGCGAACUGCAACCGCAGAUACCAGUUGAAUCAGCUCCAAUUGUUACUGAAGUUGUGGAUCCGAAAGUGGAUGAUGACGUUAAGGAUGCGUGGGAUGCAUCUUCUGAUGAAGAAUCGGAAGACAUAUCUGACAGUGUGAAAAAAGACUCUAGUGAAGAACCGAAAGUUGAAGUUAAGAAAACGGCGCCGGCUAAAGACGAAGGUGGAUCUGAAGAAACUAGUUCAGAGGAAGACUCAGAUUCUGAAGAUGGCAGUGAUUCAGAAGAGCAAGAUGACAAAACAGCGGCUGAGCGGACACGUGAGAAAGCUGAAGAAAGAAUUAGGAAACGAAAGGAAAACGCUACCAAGAACCAGACAGUGGAAAAUCUUCGCGCUGCUAUUGUUUGCGUGCUGGGUCACGUCGAUACUGGCAAAACGAAGAUUUUAGAUAAACUGAGAAGAACAAACGUACAGGACGGUGAAGCGGGUGGAAUUACUCAGCAAAUCGGGGCCACAAACGUUCCUAUUGAUGCAAUUAAGGAUCAAAUUAAAAUUGUAAAGGGGGCGGCAGAUAUGGACUUGAAAAUCCCAGGUCUCCUUAUUAUAGACACGCCCGGGCACGAGUCCUUUUCCAACCUGAGAAACCGAGGAUCUUCACUUUGUGAUAUUGCCAUUUUGGUUGUGGACAUUAUGCACGGAUUGGAGCCACAAACCAUUGAGUCCAUUAAUUUAUUGAAGCAGAAAAAAUGUCCGUUUAUUGUGGCUCUUAAUAAAAUUGAUAGAUUGUAUGACUGGCAGACCAUGAACAGAAAGGACAUCCGUGAUGUUCUCAAAUCGCAAGCUUCAAAUACUCAAAUGGAAUUUGAUCAGAGAAGCAAGGCUGUGAUAGUUGAAUUUGCCGAACAAGGGCUAAAUGCAGCAUUAUUCUACGAAAAUCCGGACCCUCGUAGCUACUUUUCUCUUGUGCCAACUAGUGCCAUAACAGGUGAAGGUAUGGGAAACCUUCUAGCAUUGAUUGUAGAGUACUGCCAAGUGAAAUUACCCAAACGCCUGAUGUACUCGGAUGAAUUGCAAGCUACUGUUCUUGAGGUUAAAGCUAUUCCUGGUCUGGGUACUACAAUCGAUGUGAUUCUAGUCAACGGUACUCUCAAGGAAGGAGAUACUAUGCUAGUAGCUGGAACUGACGGUCCAAUAGUUACUCAAAUAAGGUCGCUUCUCAUGCCACAGCCUAUGAGGGAGCUAAGAGUCAAGAAUGCCUAUGUGGAAUAUAAAGAAGUGAAGGCCGCACAAGGAGUCAAAAUUGCUGCAAAAGAACUGGAAAAGGCCAUUGCCGGUCUUAAUUUGUACGUUGCAGUGAAACCUGAUGAAGUCGAAGUGAUGAGAGAUGAAGUUGCCCGUGAACUUAGAAGUGCUCUUUCCAGUAUUAAGCUGCAGGAAAGGGGAGUUUAUGUCCAGGCUUCCACUCUGGGUUCCUUAGAAGCUCUACUUGAGUUUUUGAAAGUUAGCAAAAUUCCGUAUUCUGGAAUUAGGAUUGGGCCCGUUGUCAAAAAAGACGUAAUGAAAGCAUCAAUAAUGUUGGAGCACGAACCUCAGUAUGCAACAAUUUUGGCCUUUGAUGUCAAAGUGGAGAAAGACGCUCAAGAGUUGGCUGAUAGUAUGAACGUGGAAAUUUUCCAAGCGGACAUCAUUUAUCAUCUUUUCGACAAAUUCAUGGCAUACCGUGAGCAGUUGAAACAAAAAAAACGGGAGGAAUUUAAGAAUAUUGCAGUGUUCCCGUGUCGUUUGCGGGUUUUGCCCCAAUUUGUGUUCAACUCCAGAGAUCCGAUCGUUUGCGGCGUUAUGGUAGAAGCUGGCAUUCUGAGAGAAGGAACUCCGAUUUGCGUCCCUAGUAAAGAGUUUGUCGACAUUGGUAUUGUUACAAGUAUAGAAAACAAUCACAAAGCGGUGGAAACUGCAAGGAAAGGCAUGGAAGUCUGCAUUAAAAUAGACCCAAUCCCAGGCCAAUCGCCAAAAAUGUUUGGCCGUCAUUUUGAUGAAACCGACUUUUUAGUUAGCAAGAUAUCGCGUCAAUCCAUCGACGCAUGCAAGGAUUACUUUAGAGAUGAUCUUGUGAAGACCGAUUGGCAACUCAUGGUGGAACUGAAAAAAAUCUUCCAGAUUCUGUAGAAAAUCUUAGUUUUGAGCAGGUCAAUGCAAUAAAGGACCUUUUUUAUGAUA